UACAACUCACCCACAAUCUGAUCAAUGCUCAUACCAUCAACGCCACAGAGAGGAAACAUCUGGCACACAUCUGUAGUGUGUUGGACUAGAGACAGAGGUGCAAGCUUUUCAUGAAAUGGACUGCGAAAUCUGCUGACUGCUUUGAAACAGUUCAGCAUUGUCUUGUUUCGUUUGACUUGUAGAGUGCUGAGGCGGAACGCGUGUGUCCUCUGAUUCAGAGAUGAAUCGUGUUUGAACUUGGCUGGCUUCUCAUCUUAAACCAUCAACCCUUGGACUGUACUGUAAACGGCUUUUCUCUGACUCUCCUUUGGCCACCAGCACCUAUGUACAGCAGUGGCUACUCUCAGGUCUCCAAGCACAGCCCACAGACCCAGAAGAGGAUGCAGUACCACUCAAAGGGCAAGAGCUGCGGCUACUAUAUGCGCAUUGUCUUCUUCUUCUCUUCGCUCAUUCAGUCUCUUAUCAUAGUCAGCCUGGUGCUCUUCCUGAUCUACGGUAAGAAGCAGGACUCAGCAUCCACAUCACGCAUCCAAGAUCUUGAAGAGAGCUUCAGCCGACUCUCCAUAGAGAAUGUCGCCCUGAGGGACCAGAGGAAGAACCUGACCACCUUACUCAACUCCACCCUGACUGAAAAGGCCCGUAAUGACUGGGACCUGGCCAACAUACGCUUCUUCGCCAACAUCUCAGUAGACCUUAUCCAAGAUCUUGACAGGAAGCUGCAACAGUGCACUGUCGAGUUGCUCCUUUGCAAGUCCAGACCACUACCACCUGGCCAUUGCUCACCAUCAGUCCCGAGUGGUGAUACCUGUGGACUCUUGGUCGAGCAGCUGAAAGCCAGAUUAGAGCUUGUGCAGUCCAACUUCACACAAACAACACGGCAGAUGAGGAGGGAAAUGGACCAGAUGGCCAAAGACAGGGAUAACCUUAACUUGGAGACCAUCAGUCUGAGGAGGGACAAAUUCACACAUGAAAAGGAGGUGGAAUUCUGUAGACAGAAAUGCAAAACUGACUUUGUUCAGUCCUUGAGUGGUGUGACCAAUGUCACCAAAGCUUUCUUGCAGAAGAUCAAUUCCGUAUUCCCCGCACACAAUUCCUUCCACCUCACCUGCCCAAAGCAGAGUGAGCACCUGGAGCAAAUCCGUAACAAUUGCAGCAGUCUGUCCAAAGAGGUGGAAGAUAAGUUCCAGAAUUACCUGAACACUGUAGGAGAACAGGUGUCAAGCAUCCAGUCUGAGAACAGCCGCUUGAAGGCAGAGAACUGGCGACUGUCUGAGGACUACCGCUGGUGCAGUCAGAACCGCACAGGCCUGAUGCAGCAACACAGGCAAAAGUUAGACAGCCUUCAGCGGAAACAUGACGAGGACAAGGAGAGACUCCUUAUGGACAAGAUGAGACUAAAUGGAGAGAUUCAAGUCCUGGACAGCAGUGUCAAAUAUAAAAGUAAAGAAGCUGAGCACCUUAAAGAGCAACUCAAGCAGCUCAACAUGUCCUGCAUAUCCAGGAUUGGCUUUGGUGGAGGCAUGCCUACUCGAACAGGCAUAAGUCAGACUGGGUGGGGCUCAUCUGGUGGUGCUGGAUCCAGCUCUUCCUCAUCCAGCUCUUUGGGUGGGGGGCAGCCUGUUAGAACAGGGUCAGGUGUGGGCUUAAGCUCAUUCAAUAAGCCCGUAUCAAGUGGGACAAGCUCUUCAAGCUCAUCUGUCUUAUCAUCUGGAUCAAGUAGCUCCAGUGCGUUAGGAUACAAUAAACCAGUAUCAGCCGUGGGAGCUUUUUCAAAUUAUGGACCAGCAGGGUCAAAUCCAAAUCUUGGCUCCAGUGGAACAGGUUCAAACAAGCCACCACUGGUUGGGAGAAGCUCAUCAACUCUUGGUUUAGCAUCUGGGUCGACUGGGUUAAUCCCGAACUUGAGUUCAACCGGGACAGGCUCAAAUAAGCCAACGUCAAAUGUGAGAAGCACCUCAGGCCUAGGGUCUUCCUCUGGUUCAACUGGAUUGACAAAUAAAAGUGGGUCUGGAACUAACUCUGGACUUAGCCCGUGGUUUGCGUAUGGGAGCAGUAAUUCAGGACAAAGUAAGACAGGUAGUGGAACAGGGAAAGGAACAUCAAGUGGGAAUAGUAAUGGUGGAACUGGAUUGCCAGUCAGUGCAGGAAGGACAAGUGGACAUGGCCCAGUCAGUGUUGCUCAGCACCUUCAAGAUCUGCAACGCCUCAUCAACCCGGCAGCCCCUGCGGAGAAACAAGAUCUCUCCAGAAUGCUGGGUUAGUUCAUCUUGGUGAGACACCAUCUACAAUGCACAGCUAAAUCCAAAUUUCUGAUAUCGAGUUCACAUAUGCAUAUUAACAUAUACCAUAUAUUAUACACUGUUUAUGACAGUUUACACCUCUGUGUGCAUUUACAAAAGAAAUUUGAAUAACUUUUGCACUUUGGAAUGCAGAAUGUGAACUUUGUGUGUUAAUGAUUUGUAUCUAUAUAAUAUGCAAUUUAACAUGAAUAAACACCUGUUGUAUUUUUAAGCUGUAAAUACAGAAAAAUAAAGGCCUUGUGCAAUGUAAGCACA